AUUUGUUUAUUAUCAAAAACUUUUGUCAUGAAAUUAUAGGAAAUUAUAAUCGAGAAUAUCAAACUCUGUUAACUGUGAAAGAGUUUUUUAUUGAGCCGGUUACAGAAGUAGUUGGAUUUCUUUGCGAUUAUCACAGCUUAACGUUGCAAUGCUUUGAAGAGAUGAAAAGUGAAAAGACGCGAAGCGUAAAAUUUUUUAUUAAGUCACUCCCUGCGGUCGAUGAAAAAGAUGAGCGUAUCAAAAUAUUUGAGAAAGAAAAAGAAUUGUAUCGCUGUCUUUUACCCUACUUGCUAAAGUAUUCUGAAGAAAUUUGGUUACCGAGAUUAUAUCUCUGCGAUGAUCAAUUACUUAUCCUAGAGGAUUUGCGUGAACUUGAUCUUGCUGAUUGCCGCGAUCACCUCAACUUAGGCGAUAUGGAAAUGUUUAAUAUUAUAAAAAGUUUAGCUAUAAUGCAUAGUUCAAGUAUUGUUUACGAAUUCUGUAACGGCAUAUGUAUUGGUGAUGCGUUUAAAAAUUGCCUGCAAGAAAUUACUUUAAGCUCUUCGGUGCCUUGGCUAAAUACCGGACUUAAGGCUUUAGUAGAGGUAGCGAAAAUUCAUCCCAAAUAUAAAACCGUUAAGGGACAGGCUUUCAUUGCAAACGAACUAUUAUCACAUUUGUAUAUGAUUUGCUCUAUGGCCGACACAUCCUUAAAGUAUCGUAAUGUUUUGUGUCAUCGCGAUCUAUGGGGUGGUAAUAUAUUUUUAAAUCAUCAAAAUCCUCACCACGCAGCCGUAUUCGUUGACUUUCAAACUUGUCGUUACAGUCCUCCUGCCAUUGACAUUAUUUUCAUCAUAUUUAUGAACUUAAGCAGAGAGCAACGAAUCCUCUCAGAAUAUGUUUACCUCCGAUACUAUUAUAGGCAAUUACUUAAGAAUUUCGAAUAUUGCGAAAAUAAGACAUUUUUAACUAUUAGCGAGCAAGAGUUGCAUGAGUCUUAUAAAGAAUUUCAAUUGUUAGGUUUAGUAUAUCGAUUUUUAGCUUUAAGUAUUUUAAAUGUUCCCCGCGCUAUUGUUAAUGAUCAUUAUAAGAAUGUAGAACGUUCGGAGCAACUCUUGGAAUAUAUGCAAAGAAAUAAGGAAUUGCGAUCAUUAAUAUUCGAAAGUGUGGCAGAUAUUAUUGAUUGGAUUAUUGAGAGAAUUGAGAAGUAAAUACUUUCCUCUCUCUCUGAUCGGAUUACGAUUGCAAUUAUUCGUUUUAUUCAUAAUCAGAAAUGUUAAAAGAUAGAAGAAAUUAUUGAUUAGCAUGAAGUAAUAGCGAUCGGUUUUGACUGUUGUCGCUUUCCAGUAUUUCUUAAAUAAAAAUUUUGGCCUCUAAUGGGGAAAAAAAAUUUUGCGUUGUUCGUUUGCGUAAACUUUGGUCUUACUAACCAAAAGUGGGCCUUAUCAUUGAAAAUUAAGGACUGUCCCUUUCUUCGGUAAGGGUUCAAUAAGUGCACAGCAAAGUCAUUUCGUUCGUGACCCUUCACCCUUCGGCUUCAGUUCAUAACUAAAGGGAAACUCACAUACACUAGCUCGAUAAAAUCUACAUACAAUAGGAAACAUUAUGGUUUCUCUUAUUAAAAACUGCAUUGACGGGUUGAGGGU